AUGGCGCUCAUGAACCCCAUGGCGCUCAUGACCUCAUGCGCCCAUCAACCCCAUGCGCCCAUCACCGUGCAUGCAUCACUGUUCAACCCCCCUCUCUCCCUUCCCCUCUCUUCCCCUCCCUGCUCCGCCCCUCGUGCCCCCAGAGGGCAGAGCAGCCAUCGGCCAGUGGAGCUCAUUGACGCCGUGUUGUGCCGCCCAUCACCGUGCAUGCAUGACCGUGCAUGCAUCACUAGGGUGGAGCAGGCGUCGCCCAUGGAGCUCAUCAACGCCGUGCCGCCCGUCCUCGUGCACUCACGCGUUGUUGCCUGCAGGGGAGGCCCCAACCCCGCGCUGGGCCAUCCGGUGGAGUACAUCAACGUGGACGCGCCUCAGCCCGCUGUCUGCAAGUACUGCGGCCUGCGCUACCUGCAGGACCACAGCCACUGA